AUGGCUGGUGGUAUUGGCUUAAAAAUUCACAAUAUUCGAUCCUCCGAAUCUUACAUUGCGGGAACUAAUAGUUAUCCAAAUGGGAUUAUUCUCAUGCUUCGUGUAUAUAAUAACACUGCACGAUACUUUGAUCAAGAGAGAAAUAAACGUCCCGAUGCAUUCGGUCCUUUUGAUCCAACAGGCACCUGGACUUAUGGAUGUAUGGAGAUGAACUUGAGAUCACAAAGUUACUUAAAUAAAAUAAUUGACAUUAAUUAUUAUCCUGUUGAAGGGGCGCAAAAAUCCGAUUUAUAUUUAGAAGAAAUUAAUUGUAAUCAAAUUAUGUUUAAAGGCAUUACGGUUCCUCUGUUGAUUUUUGCCUUCCAAGCAGCAAAAGGAUUAGUAACGAACCUCGACGAAAAUUCUGCAUUACCAUUUUUGAAUCUCAUAUCAAUUCGACUUCAGGAAUAA